UUUUCCUUUGUUGAAUAUGUUUUGCUUGAAAUUAAUUUGAGAAAUGUUUAAUUAGAUGAAUUUAAGUAUGAAAAGACAAAUUCGUACAAAAAACAAGGACGGCAAAGUAGUUUUUCAAGAUGAACGAUCAUCGAAACUGGAUACGGAUGAAUGAACAUAAAUUAAUUAAUUGAUCAAUCAAUAAAGUUGCUAAUUUGGUUGCAGCACCUCGCAUCUUCUCAAACUUUCAUUUGUAACCCUCGCAUUAUAUUCAUUUUCAUGAAAAUGUCUGUUUUGCAGAGCAAAUCGAGUCUCACUCGUCCCAUUUUUGCAUUGGCACGAGUUAAAUUUCAUCUGGUCAACAAAACACAAGUCAACAAAAAGCAUACUUUUUAAGUAUUUCUAAUUUAAAUUCACGUAAUUAUUAAACUGUUACAAUUUCAAUUAUUUCAAUUAAAGACAUUAGGUAAUGCUCAGCUAAUGCUCUACUAUUUAUUUGGAAUCAUACAACUGUAGUGAGGGUAAUCAUGUCCAGCCGAGUCUGCUUUCUCUGUGUUCAAGUCAUCGACACCACCAUUCCGUCGUUCGAUGAUAAGGAAACUAGAAAAAUACGAAUCUCGUCCCUGUGUGAACUGCUCUUCUUAUCGUCAAAUGAUACUCGCAGGAAAGGUACUCCACAAUUUGAAGAGGAUGCGACCUGUGAAUUUUGCCCAGUUUGUGCCCCCGUGAUAAGCGAGAUGGAGCAAAUCCGGUACCAAAUGUCCCUCUUGGAGGAGCAAAUUGGGAGAAAAAUUACGAAAAUUCGGGAAAUGAUGUUGGAAUCUUCGUCAUCCUUACUAGAAAAUGGGGACGAUGGGGGAAGAGUCAAAAUCAGAAAAUUAAGGACUAUUAUACUUCAAAUUACGGAAUCAGACAUUAAUACAGAUGACAGCGUUGUGUUGGGUCUGGAUGAAAUACAAGUUAAAGUAGAAGAGGAUAUUGGCCUAGUCGGAAAUGCGGAUGACCAAUUCUUUGACGAUUAUAUUAAUUCCUUCUCUCCAACAGCAGAUAUGGAAGGAGGUAAAGAAGAGGAGGAGGAGGAGGAGGAGAUGGAUCCCUUCAAAAAUGAUGGCGAGGAUGACUUCGAGUCCGCAUUCUGUAUCAUUCCACAUCCCCAAAAGAGGGGGAGAGGGCGACCUCGUAAAUCUAUCAGAACUAACACUCCACGACUCAAACCAAAAAGGGAAAACUCAUCACCAUCUAAACUAAAGCCAAAAAGGAUAAAGGAAGAAAAUAUUCGACCCAGCAUGUACGAGACACGAUGCUCUCCAAGAAUUAAAAAGACUACUCUUCCUCCUGCAAAUGAUGUCAAAACUCUAAAACUGUCUCUGAAAAGGAUUUCUGAAUCAUUAUCCAUUGACGAUACAAAACCUGAAUUUGUUGAGAACGAUUUACUAGCAACUACUGAUGUUACAGUAUGUCACGAAAUUGUAGAUGCAACGACAUAUUUUUUAUUUCGAUAUGAUCCCACAAUUUCUAAAAUUCCGAACCAAAUUCGGGAUCAAAUGUCAAAAGUAUCUACGGAUAAUUUCCGCGUCGUCGAUUUGUAAAGUCACACACAGGUCAAAGGUCAGCAUUUUUCUAAAGAUUCAAAAUGAGAGGCCAAAAAUAAAACU